AUGCUUCGUACGCGCUUUUCUUCUGCUCACCACUUUACCCUGGCCAUCUUUGGAUGUCAAUACCAUGCCGACACUCCAAGCACCGAUAAGCUCGAGCUCAUCGAAAAGUUCGACAAUCUCAUUAAAGAUUCUAGUGUCCCUGUGGAGCGCCUAGAACAGAAUAACAUCCCCUCCAGAGUCUGGAUGAGUUACUGGACCUCACCUCAGACCUUCAAGUCAUGGUGGGAAAGCGACUCGACAAAAAGCUUUUGGGGAUCACUUCCAGAUGACGCUGGUUUCUGGAGGGAGUCGCUUUGUCUUCCUGCGACUAGAUCUAUGCAUGAGUCAACAGGCAAGGAUCCGGUAGGGUUUGGUCACUGCGGAGAACUUACGCCUCUUACUGAGAAGACUGGGUAUUGGGGAGCAUACCGUUCUCGUAUGACGCCUGACUUUGAAGGUGACACCUUCAGUUCUCCUUCGAACACCUGGCAGCCCGCAAAGUCCAUGACAGAUAAGAUCCGUGCUGGAAGAGUUCAGAUCACCAAGUUCCCGAACAACCUCUGCAUUGUUAUUGAGGGACAAGACUACAGCGCUAUGAAGGAAAAGGAGCGAGAGUACUGGGACGAAAAUUUCGAUAGCCUUACUAAGGAAUGGGUCACCAAGGUUGUGACAGCAGGCAUGGAGAAAGGAAUGGUGUCAGCAAGGGCAUGCCAUGCCUUUGCAGGAGAGAAGUCACUUGGAGCAACAAACGGUACAACAACUAAUGGCACACCAAAUGGUGGCAUAUUUCCAGGCCUCGACUACAUACGCCAAGCCCAGAUUCUGUACUGGACCGAUCUUUCCAAGAUGGAGCACAUGGGCCGAUGGGACAAAGGCCACGUCAAGCUGCGACGUAACUUCAUGUCAGCAUAUGGGCCCGGCGGCGUAAUGCAAGGCGGCAACAUCCUCCUCUGGGUCGAUCUCGGCAUCAUAAAAGGAGACGAGAUUGAUGCCGAGUAUGUUGGGUGCUAUGAAGGUACAGGGUUUCUCGCGUUUGACAAGAGCGCGAUGUUCGCGAGCAGGAGUGUCACUGCGGCUGAGCUACCACCGAUUUUCGAUAAGCCCGUUGCGUGUCAGCCAAUAGAAUGGUAG